AUGUACCCUUCAAAGAGUGCACCUGCAAGUCGAAGAACAUCAAAUUACUCUGCGCAUCCUGAAGACUUUGAGAACGACGAACGCAUGGAAGAGGAUCCAUGUAGUCUAGCACCGGCUCUUUCCAUAGGUGCAAUUUCUGCAAUUACUGGUGUCUCCUGCUACGAUGAUGAUGAUGAGGAGGAGGAGGAGGAGAUAAAGGGAAAUGUAAUUGGCCUUCCUGAAUGUGAAGAAGGGAGAGGAGAUGUUGAUGCAAUGGAUAAUUCCGAGUGCGCUGAUGAAAUAAAAACCGAAGCGACGUCCCUUUUCUCUGGACCAUCUUCACCAGCUGGAAAUGCAUUUUCCUCUCCUUUGAUUAGUCAACGAGCCCAAUCAGAACCACUUCAGCCGGCGCCUUCAGUAAAUCAAGAAAAUAGUCAUAAUGAAUUGGAGUCUUCCCAACCGAUUUCUAAUCAGAAAAGGCGACAGAGACUGAGACUUCGAAAGAGAUCAAAGAAACGCAGACCCAAGUCGAAAUUAAAUGACAUUACUUAUGAUUCUCUAGCAUCGAAGGUUCAAAAACUCACAUCUGCAUUGACAUUUUACCCUAGUUCUAGGGUUCCUCGUAAAAGAUCGCUACCUCCAUACCAUGAUCGUGCAUUCCAAUUGGCGAAAGAGCUUUCAGUUACUGAGAAGACAUACGUCAACUCCCUUCGACUUCUGCUCCUGUCUCACCAUGACAAUCCAGAACAUAAUGAAAGUCUGCAUGCUGAGGUAACUCGUCUCAUCUCUCCACUCUACACCCAACACGCAACGCUUUUGCAAACUGCUCUAACGCGAGUGGCUUCAUGGGAGAGGGCCGCUUUGAACGCGGCUGCCGCUCGAACACACUUUCAAUCUGCUCUUGCGGGUGUUCACAAAGCUCAACGAAUCAGGUGCAAACGCGUGGCUAGGCAAAUUAAGGCUGGUCGCCAACGCAAAACCCCAAAGUCCAUAUCAAGAGACGGUGGAUGUAACGAAGGCGAUUACCCCAAUGACGAUAAUGAUGAAAUUUCCGACUCUUCCACAUCAGUGAGUGGUGUGCCGCGUUCAUCUUUUAGGAAUGAGUUGCCGGCGUCGAUUGAGGACAACCGAAAUCGUACUCCGCCUGCAGAAGGCUGCAAUCUCACAGCAUCAUCCUCGACGUCCUGCUCCUCUAUUUACCCCUCGUCUUUUGAAAUUUCCGAUGGAGAAGGUUCUCGUCGCUCCAACACACCACCUCCUGAUCUCGUAUCUGCCGAAAAAGAGCUUCACGAAACUACGCGAUGUUUGGCUGAAGUCGCUCGGAUCGCAGACAUCUACCGGCCUGCCCUUCAAGACAACCUCGUCUCAAGCUACGAGGUAUUUGUCUCGGGCAUACCAACUCUACACCAUAAACACAUUUCAAGCAGUGUUGAAAAUAAGGACUCUGAUAGGUCAAAUAAUCACCUCUCUAGUCUUGCUUUAUUGCGGAUUCCCCUCAGACGAAUAUGGUACUAUCAACAGGUCUUUAAACGUCUUCUAGAAGUUCAAGGAAAUGAAAAUCCCGAUAGAGAUGACACUAGUGCUCUCGUUUCCUGGCUAUCAAAUGCGAUAGAACAGUGGGAAUCGGUAUAUAAAAGAGCAGAGUCUUACACCAUAGUGGCUGAGUUCUGCCAGGAUUAUCAGCUCAACACGAACGCGAGUGAACGAUGUCAUCGAAGGGCAUGUUCUGCCGCCUUGCUGAAUAGUCUCCUCAGUGAGCCUCAUUCCAAGCUCAUUCGUGUGGGCUUCCUUGAGAAGAUGUCAUCUAGGGGACGGGGGUAUCAAUCGAGAAUAGCCCUCCUUCUCAAUGAUCGUCUUGUCUAUUGUGGACGCGUUUCCGGUUCCUCAAAUAUGCAACUAAAAGUACGUGCAAUUCUUUUUCCUCCUCUUUUCUUCUUACCUUAUCUUUCCAACCAUGUCCCCAUUUUUGAGUGGUGCAAAAGUGCGACAAAUGGUAAUUCCAAAAAAUCAAUAAAAUUUUCCCAAAUGCAUAAUUUCCAUGUGCGUUGA